AGUCAACCAGAGGGUGUCGGAGCUACCGUACGAAGAUGCAUAAGUGGACGUAAUACAAUUGAUCCAUUUUUAAUGUGUGAUAUUUUCGAAGUUUCUCCACCUGCUGGAUUUCCCGAUCACCCUCACAGAGGAUUUGAGACCGUUACAUAUAUGCUAGAAGGCACUAGCGCGCAUGAAGAUUUUGCUGGAAAUAGAGGAUUGAUAGAGCCAGGGGGUAUACAAUGGAUGACUGCUGGUCGCGGAAUAGUGCAUGCUGAGAUGCCGAUAACCAAGUCGAAAGGAAUUCAACUUUGGAUUAAUCUUUCAGCCAAAAACAAAAUGAUAGAACCCUCUUUUCAGAAUCUUAGUGAUGAAAAAAUCCCAAAAGCGAAUCCUGAAGAAGGAAUUGAAGUUAAAGUUAUUGCAGGCUCAAGUUUUGGUGUUAAAAGUAAUGUAUUUACUAGAACCCCUACUAUGAUGUUAGAUUUUAAGUUAUCCAAAGGAAAAAAGAUUGAACAAGAGAUUCCAAAAAAUUAUCGAGGUUUUAUUUAUGUAUGGGAAGGAUCUGCUUAUUUUGGUGGAAAUCGAUUUAAUGGACAAGAAAGUUACGCAUUAUUCUUGGAUGAUAAUAAUGGUGAUUAUUUACCUGUUGAUGCGGCAGACAGUAAUGUUAGAUUUAUGCUCUUUGCCGGUCAACCUUUGGAGGAACCAAUAGUUAGCUAUGGACCUUUCGUUAUGAAUACCGAAGAAGAAAUAUUUCAGGCUAUGUCAGAUUAUAAUAAGUAUAGUAAUGGAUUUGAAAAAGCUAAAAAAUGGCGUUCUUCAAUUGGUGAUGGUGUUGCCGAAAUUGAUUUCGAAAAAGAAUUCAAAAAUCAUUAA